UUGUUGCAGCUCCACUGUGGAACAAGCUUCCUUUGUUUUUAUGUUACCUUGAUUGCCCGGAGUCAUUGAAACAAACAGCUCAAGGCACAUGAUUUUCCUUACAUUUUAUAUGUUUCGGCGUGUGUCACGUGACUGGGACCGGAAGACGGUGUGGUUGUAAGCAGCUCGGUGCAGAAAGAUUUUAUCCCUGGCAAAAUCAUCAGUAAGUGGGCAGGAUUUUCCCAGAAUAACCAACCGGUUCAGCUCUCAGGCUGGAAGCUCAAUGCCCCUGAGCAAAGAGCGAAAGUCCACACCCCUUGCUUGCAUUGCUGCACUGGAGACCGGAUCAAUUCCUCUUGGGAAACUUAAAAAGAACAAGGAACGGUGACUUUGCUAAGAUUUUUAGACAGUUCAGACUAGAAAAAUGUCUUUAACUGUCUCACUGCUUCUCGUCGCUCUUUGUGCAAACGGAGGAUAUGGCGAGGAGGGAAAAGAGGCUCAGAGAACUGGCCAUGUUUCUGUGGUCAUAGUUGGAGGAACUGGAGACCUGGCGAGGAAAUAUCUGUGGCAGGGAUUCUUUCAACUAUAUGUCGACCAGGUCAGCGGUGGAAACACAUUUUCUUUCUACGGCGGAAGCUUGUCCCCGUCUGAAAAGGCCACGCCGAUCCUUUUCGAGAUCCUGAAGGCAGUCACAUGCUCCAAGGAUGUGUCUCAGGAACGCUGCGCCAUCCUGAAGGAUCAGUUCCUGCGGCUCUCGCAAUAUCGACAGCUGAAAGCUCUGGAAGACUACCAGGAGCUGGCCAAGCACAUCGAGCAGCAGCUGCAGCAGGAGGGAAUGACGGAAGCCGGCCGGCUCUUUUACCUCUCGGUUCCAGCUUUCACGUAUGCAGGGAUUGCAGAGAAGAUCAACAGCAGUUGCAGACCGGCUGAUGGGUCCUGGCUGAGGGUCGUGCUCGAGAAGCCGUUCGGGCACGACUACAGGAGUGCACAAGUGUUAGCUACUGAACUUCUGGGUGCACUGAAGGAUGAAGAGAUGUACAGAAUUGACCACUACUUAGGAAAGCAGGUGGUGUCAAAGAUACUUCCCUUCAGGAUGGAGAACAGAAAGCUUUUGGGUCCCAUCUGGAACAGGCAUCACAUCGAGAGGAUAGAGAUUGUUUUGAAAGAGACUCUGGAUGUCAAAGGUCGUAUUGCCUUCUACGACGAGUACGGGGUGAUCCGAGAUGUUCUGCAGAACCACCUGACAGAGGUCAUGGCGCUGCUGACGAUGAAGCUCCCUGCGAAUGUGAGCAACAGUGGAGAAGUUCUUCGAAACAAGCUGGAGGUCCUCAGCUCCAUGUUGCCUUUAGGAAAGAAUCAAGCUGUGAUUGGACAGUACCAAAACUACAAAACCGAGGUUCAACAGGAGUUGAAUAAAACUAAAGAGCAUGUUAGUCUGACUCCAACAUUUGCAGCUGUUCUGGCCCAUAUCGACGAGGCGCAGUAUGAAGGCGUGCCAGUUCUGCUCAUCUCAGGGAAGAUGUUAGAUGAACGUGUGGGGUACGCACGCGUACUUUUUAAGAACAACGUCUUUUGCCUUCAAAGCCAGAACAACGUUCACUGCAAACCUAAGCAGAUAGUUUUCUAUUUUGGGCACGGCAGCCUUAAAUAUCCAGCAGUACUAGUCAGUAAGAAUUUAUUCAAACCAGCUUUAACAGGCGGUGAGUGGAAGGAAGUGACGGAGCACAAAGAUGUCAGCGUUUUGGGUUUGCAGAUUUCAGAUUACUAUGUGCAAACUCCAACCACAGAAAGAGAAGCUUACGCAGAGCUCGUCUCUCACAUUUUUGCUGGGCAGAAGAAUAAUUUUGUCAGCACUGAAAACCUGUUGGCCUCCUGGGAAGUAUGGACUCCACUUCUCAGCGGCCUAAAGGGAUCUUUCCCCCGGAUCUACCCAGGUGGUGCUGACAAUGGAGACAUGCUGGACGUCCAUCUGAGGGGAAAAGAACUCCGCUACAGCAGUGAGGUGGUGAUAAUCAGUCCUGAUAAGAUGGGAGGAACAUCAGGGAACAGUUUUCAGGUGAUGCAAGGAAAAUUUCGCAAUGCUGAGAUGGUGUCUGCCUGGACGGAGGAGCUGGUAGAGAGGCUGGCUGCAGAUAUGCAGGAAGCAGCCGAGGCAGCGGUGCAGGAGAGCGGGGUCUUCCACCUCGCCCUCUCUGGAGGGUCCACUCCUAUCGCUCUGUUCCACAGAUUGGUCCUGCACCACUUAUCCUUCCCCUGGAGAGACACGCACAUCUGGAUGGUGGAUGAACGCUGUGUUCCACUGACAGAGCAUGAGUCUAACUUCCACAGCAUGCAUGAACACCUCCUGCACCAUGUGAAGAUACCAUACUACAACAUCCACCCCAUGCCGGUGCAGCUCAACCAGCGUCUCUGUGUGGAGGAGGACGGAGGAGCUCAGCUGUAUGAGAAGGAGAUCAACAAACUUGUUAACGGAUCCAGCUUUCACUUUGUUCUGCUGGGCGUCGGAUAUGACGGCCACACGGCUUCUCUGUUCCCUGGUGGGAAACUGAACGCACCAGGAGAAAGUCUGGUGGCUCUCACAGAGAGCCCCGUCAAGCCUCAUCAGCGAAUGAGCCUCACUUUCGGCGCCAUUAACCGAGCGCACACGGUCGCUCUUUUAGUGAUGGGCAAAGGCAAGCAUGAGCUGGUCACCCAGCUGAGCCGAGUUCAGGACAAUCUGGAAAAAUAUCCCGUGACAGGGGUGAAGCCAGCUAAUGGAAGGCUUGUUUGGUAUAUAGACUAUGACGCACUUUUAGGGUAGGGGGUUAUAUUUUUCUAAUUUUCAAUCAAAGGAUGCAGGUGCUUUAAUGGAAAUGUUGGUUAGGGAGCAAUAACAAAUUUAUGAACCAGCACAGAGAAGACCAGUAACUUGAGGUUUUUCAUGUAACUACAAAUCACAUUUACUAAACAUUUCCUUGCUUCCACCUUGACCUCAUGACAGCACAGGCCCAGUCAGAAGUUUACAUACAUCAUUGGCACAAAUGUCUUUCAUUUUGAACUUUUAAUCAUUUAUCUGAACCAUUAAUCUUCGAGUCGAAUGACAAACUACAACUACAAUGAUUUCUAAAGACAAAAAAUUUGGCUCGGUGUGUUGGGAUAUUUUCUAACCCAUUUGUCAGUGUCAGGAUUUUACAUUCCAGCUCAAAUAUAUACAUACACCACCACUAAUAUUUGAAACAAAGUCUCUUAGAAAGUUACAAAGAAACCAAACACAUUCUGUAACAUUAAGACUAGUUUAAAUUUUAUUUUAGGCUGAUCAGCAGGUUCAGAAGUUUAUUGUUGGCAUAUGUUAUCAGUCCAAAACCAGAUUUAAUGUCUGUUUGGGAUCUUUGUCCUGUUGAAACAUCCAAAUAUGUCCAGGUUUCAACUAAAUGGUGGAAACUUGUUGAACUGAGCUGAAGUUGUUGAAUUUGGAGGUGGUCCAAAUUACCCCUGGCAUUGAAACAAACCCUCAGCAUGAUGCUAUCACCACCAUGCUUCACAGUUGGUACAGUGUUCUCCGUCAAACAUUCUUCUCAUUUUGAGGCCAAAUACCUGUCUGUCUCUUCUGACCAUACAGGUUUUCUCCAGAAGGCAUUUGGCUUCUCCAUUUGGGCAGCUGCAAGUUUCAGCCAAGCCUGAUGGUUUCAGUUUCGGACCAGGUGUUUUCUUCUUGGCUAGCAGGAAAUUAAACUGUAAACGGCAACACUGGUGUCCCAGUAUCUUCCAGUUUAUAAUAGGGUUGAGGCUUGGUAGUUUCUGGACUGUUCUGGAAUGUUGUGACGGGUUAAGAACCUUUACAAUCCAAAAAGCCACAUUUGCCCUUGCACCUACUAAAUACACAUUUUCUAGAGCCACAAAACCAGCACGACCCUUCAAAAAAGCUUAUGUUUUAUUAGCACCUAAUCUAUAAACUAUAUUUGUUUUAUGUUUAAGUUAAUGCAUCACAAAUCUAGAUCUAAUUUAAAGUUCAAGAAAAAAGAAGAAACUAAUUCUUUACAAGAAGAUAAAGAAAAUAUGUUCUUGAAAUGUUCCAUAUUAGUGGAAAAUGAAGGAACAACAUAGUUUGGAACCUAAUGACAAAUGAAAGGACUAAACAAUAAAAUAAUUCCUUGUAUCAUUAGUGUCAUUCUGUUGUGGACAUUUUAUGCAAAUAUUGCAAGAAAAAACACAGAAAAUAAUGUCAGAACUGCCCUUUUCGGGUACCUUACAUCACUACCUUACAUUUAAAAAAACUCAUCAGUUAUUGAUCACUUUUGGCCAAGCUUACGAAGAACAUGGCCACAUGUAUCUUCUAGGUCGCAGUUUGCAGAUUCCUGGGUUGGUUGGUUGAAACAUGGUCAUGAUUUGGUGUUCCAGCAGAAAAGUUAUCCCCCCAAAAAAAAAGCAGUUUUGGAAAAGAUGAAGGAGGCUAGCUUCGGUCAUGACACCAUCUUCAGCCCCGCUGGCAAUGCAAAGGUCUGGAACUGCUCAAAUGAAUAAUUAAAAGCCCCAAAUCAAUAUGACAUUUAUACCCAUGUUGGGGGUAUGUAAACCUCUGGUCUGCACCGUAAGUAGUCAGUCAAAGAGGUCUAUUAGAUCAGUGGAAACCUGUUUUAAUGGAUCUGUUUGAUUGUAGGGAAACUGAAAAAAACUCUUGGAGCCCAACUAGUUAUACUUGUUUAGUAAAAGAACUGCAGUAUGGUGAUAAACCUAACCUUUAAAGCAUGAAGGAGACUUGAGUAUUUGCAGUUUAUAGUUAAUGGGUCUUUUCUAUCACAAGAUGAAACUUUAUGUGAAAUCUCACAUUUUUGAAAGUGUGAGCGGAGUGGAAAUGUAGACAGAUAAGAGGCAUCCUUGUCUCGCAUCAGAGUAGAAAGUUUGCAGCAUGUGAUGCCGUGAAGUCUGUUGCUCGGAGCCAAACAAACACACGAAAGAUUUGUUUUGGACAGAAUUAAUGUGUUUGUCAGUGGAAAUCAAAUCUCAGGUGUAUCUGCAGAUAUGUUGCACAGUUUUCUGCGUAAUCUGCAGCUCUUAUUACAUUUUUAUUGUUUGGUGGCAAUUCAUUUAUUUAGAAAAGACUCUAGGUUUUCCUAGAGUAAUCGUGUGAUGAAAGUUAUUGGUGCUGCAGAGACUUUUAAACGGCACAUCAAUGACCCGUUAAUAGGCAUUCCUUUCAGGUUUUUUUCUGUACAAUCUGCAGGUGAAUUUUUAUCAUUUGUUUUUAUUUUUAAACCAGCAGUUUCAGACAGAAUUUAAUGUAAUGAGUUGUUCAUGACAUUUUACCUUGAGUGUUUUCUUUCAAUAAAAGUCUGAUACUAUA